AUUAAUAUUAUUAUUUAUCAAUUACUAAAUCCGGAUUAACGACUUUGUCUAUGACAGUUGACAUUAUGCCAGAGCGUCUCGUAACGUAUAAAAGAUUAUUCCGAGAUCGUCUGUGCAUCAGUUGCUUACCAGCCACCGAACAAAAACCAAACAUGAAAUCGAUGCUCAUUGUCGCCCUCGCCCUCGUGGCCGUCGCCGCCGCUAUCCCCGUCGACGAGCCCAUCAAGAUCCUGCGCUCUGAAUUCGACCAGCAGCCCGAGGGAGGCUACCAAUUUGUAUUUGAGACCGAGAACGGUAUCAACCGCCAGGAAGAAGGUCAGGUGAAGCAAGUUGUUGACGAGGAGAACAAGCCCCAGUCCGUCGUUGUUGUCCGCGGUUCUUACUCCUACACCAACGUCGACGGCAAACCUGAGACCAUUAGCUACUACGCUGACGAGAACGGAUUCCACGCGGAAGGAGACUCCAUCCCCAAGGUCCCCGUUGCCAGGAGAUAAGCUACCACAGACGACACUUUCAUUAAUAAUUGAUUGAUUCGGGACUACAUGAAUUAAUCAAUUGUUACUGAUUUUAUCUUUGUUUUAGAUGAACAUCUAAUACUAAUAUGACAUAGACGUAUCUAGUGUACCUAUGUAACUUUAGUCUUACUGAUUUUUAGUCAUAUGUACAUUUUUAUACAAGUUGUUUUAUCAAUAGUGACACUGUAAAUAAAAAAUAGUUGAAGUAA